UUGGGACUUAGAAAAGGCUCCGAAAUUCCUGAAGGAGGCUUCCAUCAAGCGGGAGCGGGAGAGGAGCAAGGCUGCGUCUCCACCGGGAAGGCGCCCAGAGGGACCACCUCAGCUUCCCUGAAGCAGCAGCAGCAGCCCCCCUCGGCGCCCUGUGCCAAAGUGUGUGUGUGUGUGGGGGAGUGGUGGAAGGAGGAGGCGGGUGCGGGGAACGCCUCGGUAGGCUUUGUCGGCGGGAAGCGGGCGAAGGGGAGGAGCGGCCCAGGGGAGCCCCCACGGCUUGCUCCGGGUCCCUCCCUCGUCCGCCUGCUCCCGGCUCUCACUUCGGCAAGCCUUGAAGCGGGAGCAGGACGCCUCGGCCGAACAUGAAGAGCCCUUCGGUUGGCUUGGCUGUUUUGCUGGCGGUGUGGGCGCGCUUCGGCCUCGCAUACCAAGGAUCAGGAUACUCGCCCCUAGAAGAUGAUGAAGAUGUGUAUGACCGCAAUAGAUACAAAGAUACACCAUGGUGCUCUCCUCUCAAGGUGAAACAUGGCUAUGCAAGCUGUAGAAACCCUCACGGAGGGUAUUACAAAAACGCCUUGGGGACAAAAUGUGACAUUCGUUGCCAGAAGGGAUAUGAACUGCAUGGUCCUCAGGAGCUUAUUUGUCAGUCAGAUAAACGCUGGUCUGGGAAAGUUGUGUGCAAACAAAAACGUUGCCCAAUCCUUUCAAUGCCACCUAAUGGAGGAUUCAAGUGUAUAGAUGGUGCAUAUUUUAACUCCCGGUGCGAAUAUUAUUGCUCGCCAGGAUAUCAGUUAAAAGGAGACCGAAUAGUACAGUGUAUGGAUAACAAAGUCUGGAGUGGAAGACCAGCUUCUUGUGUUGACACAGAACCUCCUAGAAUUCAGUGCCCAAGUAUAAAAGAGAAAACAGCAGAACCCAAUAAACUGACAGCCCGUGUGUUCUGGGAAACCCCAGAGGGACGAGACACUGCUGAUGGCAUUUUGACAGAUGUUAUUUUGAAAGGACUACCACCAGGGUCACAUUUUUCAGAAGGAGACCACAAAAUCCAGUACACUGUGUUUGACAGAGCUGGGAAUAAGGGAACUUGCAAAUUUUUGAUUAAAGUCAAAGUCAGGCGCUGUGGUAAACUAAAUGCUCCAGAUAAUGGCUACAUAAAAUGUUCUGGUGAUGGUGAUAAUUAUGGCGCAACCUGUGAAUUUUCCUGCAUUGGUGGGUACGACAUGCAAGGAAGUCCGGCAAGAGUUUGCCAGUUCAACUCGGGCUGGUCAGGAACAGAGCCAACCUGUACACCCAUGAAUAUUAAUGUUGGUGUAAGGACGGCAGCAGCCCUCCUGGACCAGUUUUAUGAGAAACGGAGACUGCUCAUCAUAUCCACGCCUACUGCAGCUAAUUAUUUUUACAGAUUGCAGUUGGGAAUGCUGCAGCCAGCACAGUGCGGGUUAGAUCUACGACAUAUUACAGUGAUUGAGCUGGUUGGAGUUUACCCAUCUCUGCUGGGAAGAAUAGGACUGAGAUUGAUGCCUCCUGCUUUGGCUUUGCAAGUCAGGUUGUUGCUUCGCAUCCCUCACUAUAACUUCAAUAUUGUGGUGGUUGAUAAACAUGGUGUGGACAAAGAACGCUAUCCUUUCCCAGCUACCCCUGCUGAGCUCUUUACUCUCAUUGACACUUUCCCUUUGAGAAAAGAAGAUAUUAAAUUACAAGCAGAAUCUGGUCAAGCCUGUCCCUAAUUUUGGAGUAUGGCCAUUUAUAUGCCAGUACUUUUGCUGCCUAAAUUGUUCCUGGUGCUACACGGAGCAUAGAAGUAUGGAAAUCACUGCUGUACAGAUAAUUUUGAGGGGAAAUAUGUAUGUGUUUAGCCCUAUUUGUUGUGAAACUACUUUUAAUUUGGCUUAUGGUCCUUUAUUUUCAGAGAUUUAUUCUCUUCUAUGGAAAAUUUUGUGGAAGUAUUGAAUUGCUUGGAGUCACUCUUCAGAAUAACUUUUGGCAUUACUUCCUGUGUAAAUGUUUUCUUUACUUU